UCAAUAUUUUAUUACGAAUUAUUGAGAUCCGGAAUUAUUUUUGUAUUGUUGAGGUUAGGUUGGUUGUUUUAGAUAUGGAAAAUGUUUAUCUAGAAAUUGGACUUAUCAGUGGAUAACCUCGACUACCAACAACUACACUGUUUAAUCCAGUGAUUUUUGCCCACCUUCGUGUUUUCUAUCGAAAUUUCAAUCUCUGAAUUUCAUUUUGGUAUAAAUUGAAACCGGAAGAACAAAUGUGAGUGAAGUAACAAGAAAUUUACCAUCUGGAUAUUUUUCAGAGAUGAAAAUAAAAACAUCAUUGAACUUCCGUGCCCUCUGGCGGUCGACAUCUAGCGUUAGAUCACGAAUAGUUUCACCCAAGUAUUGAUCCCUACCUGGCACUGGAACAAACCUGAUAACGCAUAAAAAUGUUACAGGUAUCAAGUCAAUUCAAGCUUUGUCGAAUUGUUGGAACAUUUUUGUGUAGUAUCAAGUUUUACAGUAUUAAACAUCAAGGCACGAUACUUAGAAAAUUACUACAUGGAUCUGAGAAAGGUAAACGGAAGUGGUUUACCGAUAAAGCUAUGUCCAUUUCGUUACCAGCACUUACUUCUGCGAAAGGAGGGAAAGAAUCGAAUCGGCGUUUGGCAGUGUUGAACACACUUUUCAUGGAGCAAAUUACGGAUUUGAUAGCCACGGGUAAGUUUUCCGAAGAGCUAGUUGGGCAUGGAAUUCAAAUAUCCUGUGUAAAAGUAACCAACGACUUCCACGCUAUCAACAUAUUUUGGUCUGUUCGGGAUAAUAGAAACGACAUAGAAAUUAGCAAAAUGCUCAAACGUGUUUCCGGAGACCUUCGACAUGAGCUUGCACAGUUAAGGUUGAUUGGACAGGUGCCACGAUUAAAUUUUGUAAAAGACAAAACAUAUUGUAUCUUCACCAACAGUGCAUUGCAAAACGCCGACUAUGGAAAAGCUUUCACAACAAAGGAUCCGACCUCGCUAAUUGGAAGCGAUGUCAAAUUACAUGUCGACCUACCUAGGGUUGUCCGCAAAAACAUUGAUGAAUUGGUUGAUAAAUCUUACUUUCUAACCGAUAAUCAAGAUUCACUUCCUAAUAUGCGUCAUGAUGUUUUGGGACUAGACCAUUUUGCAAUAAUGCAUAAAAUCAAAAGGUUGCUAAUGAAAAGUAAAAUAACUUGGGCACAAUACGGACACGAUAUCAAUCGGAAAUGAUUGCAUUGGAAACCAAAUUAUUGUCAACAAUAGAAAUUACCUAUAAAACGGCGCAUUAUAGCAAAAAGUAAGCCCGCAGCAGCCCAGUUAAACCAUUGACGAUACGCCUACUGUUUCUAAGACCAUGGAUAAGAAAUACCGGAACCGGAAAUACACCUUCAAGAAUGUACUGAGAAGAAUUAUGUAGUUUUAGUGCAAGCCAGCUUGAAAAUUUUAUUCGCACCUAAUGUUAAUUGUUAAUUGUGUAAACCAACAGAUUUUCGUGCGCAAUAAAGUUACAAAUGGAUAAUA